AUACCGCUUCGCCUGGCUAAACAAUUAAUUCUAAAAUGGAAUGAUGCACAUUUGGUUGGGAGUGAUAUAUUUGUUGUGUUUGUGUGUGUGUGUGUGUGUGUAUAUAAUGGUAAACGGCAUACGUUUUUUCUACAGAACAAACAAACAAACAAAAAAAAUUCUCAAUCAUCAUUUUCUGGUCAUAGAAUGUGAAUCCAUGCCAUCAUCAUUGCAUACAAAUGAAGCCGCUUUUUCCCGUUUUAUGCUGUGUGAAAAAAAAUCGCUUUUCCUAUUGAUGUGCGUGUUAUGUGUGAAUCAUUGUAUCGUUUUGAAUAUUCGAUUUUUCGAAUUAAAAAAUAAUCAAAUCCAUCCAUUAAAUCAAAUUCGUUUGAAAGAAUUAUAAAGACAAAAAAUUCGCAUACAUUCAAAUCAUUUUCCUGUUUUUUAACAAGUUAAUCCUAGUCAUCGUUCUUAAUUUUUUUUGUGUACAGUCAAAAGUUUUUAAUUUUUAUUCUGUUAUUAUUUAAAAUUGUUUUAAAUAAACAUCAACACCAAAUUAUUUGUUCCAAAUGGGAAAAAAAUACAUUUCCUGUUUGAUUCUAUCAUUACUAUUAACAAUUACAUAUCAGAAUUUUUGUUAUGGACAAGAGCAUGAUGAAACGGUAACUUCAGAUUCAGAUGAUGAUGGAUCAUCUGAACAACAACAACAUAUUGAUUAUGUAACACCGCAAAUUGAUGAACAAUACUUAUAUGAAUCAUUUGAUGAUGAACAAAAAUUUCAAUUACGUUGGCAUAAAUCGACUGCACAUAAAGCCGAUUCAUCUGAUCUUAAAUAUGAUGGUGAAUGGGGCCUAGUACAGACACAGGAUCGUCUUAAAGAUGAUUUAGCCCUUAUAACCAAAAGUAAGACCCGUCAUCAUGCAUAUGCGGCAAAAUUGGAUAAAAUUUAUAAAUUCAACUCGAAACCAUUCAUUUUGCAAUAUGAGGCUCAAUUCCGAAAUGGACAAGAAUGUGGUGGUGCCUAUCUAAAACUAUUGGCCGUACCAUCAGGUGAUCUACAGAAUUUGAAUGAUAAAUCCAAAUAUUCAAUAAUGUUUGGCCCGGAUAAGUGUGGUAAUGAGAAUAAGUUGCAUUUUAUUUUCAACCAUAAAAAUCCCAAAAAUGGUACUGUUACGGAGAAACAUUGGACAAAAGCAAAUAGUGUGACUAAUUUGGAUGAGGUUUUCAAAGAUAAUCGUUGGCACCAAUUUCGUUUAGAAAUUUAUCCGGAUAAUACCUUUCAAGUUUCAGUUGAUAAACAUUAUGCUCAAAAAGGUUCCUUACUUGAAGAUUUUAAACCACCUGUAAAUCCACCCAAAACUAUUGAUGAUCCGAAUGAUUCGAAACCAGAAGAUUGGGAUGAACGUGAAAAAAUUCCGGAUCCAGAUGCAGUAAAACCUGACGAUUGGGAUGAAAGUCAACCAAGAAAAAUUGCUGAUCCAAAUGCAGUCAAACCGGAUAAUUGGGAUGAAAAUGAACCAGAAAUGAUAGCCGAUCCUGAUGCAAAAAAACCUGAUGAUUGGGAUCAAGAAAUGGAUGGUGAUUGGGAAGCACCAUUAAUACCGAAUCCAAAAUGUUCAUCAUUAGCCGGUUGUGGUAAAUGGUCAGCACCAUUAAUUGAUAAUCCUAAAUAUAAAGGCAAGUGGAAGGCACCAUUGAUUGCCAAUCCUGCCUAUAAAGGAAAAUGGGUGCCUAGAAAAAUACCAAAUCCAGAUUUCUAUGAAGAUCUUAAUCCAUUCAAAACAAUGGCUCCUAUCGAUGCUGUUGCAUUUGAAUUAUGGACAAUUUCGGACAAUAUUGCCUUCGAUAAUAUAUUAGUAACCGAUGAUUUAGACACAACCAACUAUGUAUCAUCAUUAACGUAUCAGAUUAAAAAAGAGAUUAGCGAUGAAGCAACCGAUAAUCUGGUGGUAAAAGCAAUGAAAUAUGCCAAUAAAAAUCCAUGGAUGUGGGCUGUUUAUCUAUUUGUCAUUGGUAUACCCUUGGUAUUAUUCAUUGCAUUCUGUUGUGUGUCACCUGUGAAAAAACCCUCAGAUACCCCAGCUUCUAGCCAACAAGAUUAUGAUCCAGCAUAUAGUAAAAAAACUGAUCAUCCACAACCGGAUUAUAUACCACCACCAGAAGAUGAGCCUGAACAACAAGCUACAACUUCGAUCAAUAAAAUAGAUGAAGAAGAAGAAGAAGAAGAAUUGGAAGAAGAUGAUGUUGAGGAACAAAAACAAGAUGAAGAGGAAGAAGAAAUUGAAGAAGAUGAGGAAGAAGAUGAACCAGAACCGGAGCCUGAAAUUAAAUUACGUUCAUCACCACGACAACGACGACCACGUAAAGAAUGAAUGUUGAGCGUGUUGAAUAGUAGCAACAGGAAAAGAGAUGGAGAUGGAAUAAAGAAUAAAACCAUUUUUCACACCCAUAAAACAAUAACAACAGUGAGUGAUUCUCGAAUUAUUAUUUCAUCUCAUUCACUUGGUGUCACACUUUAUACAAACUUCAUUUUUCAUAUAUAUUUCAGUGACUUGAUCUUUUUUUCCGUUUUAUUUUAUCAUCUCUCUUUCUCAGUCUUUGUCUUCGAAUAUUACUCUUUUAGUAUUUUACAAUAAAAAAUAAAAUUUUUUAAUGAUGA